AUGAUCUAUUGUGCUUCUGGAAAAGAUGGAUUACCAUGUGGCUCAACAUCAUUCAGUUGCUUUUCACGGGAUGCUACUUCUAAUACCAAAGGUGAAGUAGAUGGUAAUUCUAGUAUCAAAGGGGAGACUGACCAAGAGUCUGUUGGAGACCUCGGUAUUUACAAUCCACCGACUAGUAGUUACAAUUAUUACUACCCAGAGUAUAAUGGAUCCUUCACACAAUUGGAUGAUCAUGGUUAUUUUCAAGCAGAUGGAUCUCAUAUGGUAUGUUCUUCUGGCGUAUACUUUCAUUUCUAUUUGCAAAAAUUAGGCAAAACUAUGUCUCGUUCUGCUUGGCUGAUAAGGGUAGUUUUGUAUAAUUGUGUCUUGUUGAUAAUUGAUACUAGUGUAUCGGUUGAUCACAUCAGGGAUGCAAUCAGACAAUGGAUCACUAGUCUAUUAUUUACCUGCUAUAAUCCAUAUGCUUCUGGGGCAGUGGUUGGGGUAGAUGGGCAAAGUGUUGGUCAACGAGCAUAUUUUUCUUCACCUGGAUACCUUCCACAUUCUGUUUUCUAUGGAUCAGAAGCCAUGCCUUGCUAUUCAUGGGAUUCAGCAUAUUUUAGUGAUGUCUCAAAUGGCAAUACUGGUUCUCAAAAUGGAAAAUAUGGAUCAGCUUCUACUUUUGCCAAGUCCAGUGGUUUUAACUCUAUGAAGUCUAAUGACAAUACUGCUGGCAAAUCCUCUAAGUCUACAAAUACACAAGCAAUCAGACCUUUAAACAAGGUGUCUGCAUUGGGUUCUGAUUUCUCAGCAGGUCUCUCGAAAGGAUACCAUCCUGUAGGAAAUUUGCCUCCUUUUUCUAUCCAAAAACAUGGUCUAUUCCCGCAUAAUUGUCUUAUGAACUAUAGACAGAACGGAAGGAUAUGGAAUGGAAAUGAUAGAAAUAAAUCUGGAGACAGAUUCUAUAAAAACAGUGAUUUUGAAACCUCAAAUGAACUAACUUCUGGUCCUAGGGGCUCUAACAAAUUUCCUUCUCUGGAGUCUGCUGUCAAGGAAGACUUGGGAAUCACUGUACAAAGAGAUCAGUAUAACAAACCAGAUUUUGAAACUAAGUACGCAGAUGCUAAGUUCUAUGUUAUCAAAUCUUACAAUGAAGAUGACAUUCAUAAGAGCAUUAAAUAUGAUGUAUGGGCAAGCACUCCAAAUGGCAAUAAGAAGCUUGAUAUUUCAAUAUAUCUGGCAAAAGAUGCUGCUAGAAUAGAAACUUGUGCAUGGUGGCCUCUGUUCUUGUUGAAUAUAUUAAAGAAGCAUAUAAAAGCAGGAGAUAGGAAAUGUGAUGAUGAUUUGACGAUCAAGAAAAGUACUAAUCCCAUGACUCUUAUCAAUCUAAUGAAGAAUCUCUCUCUCCACGGCUACAAUCCAAAGAGUAAUUAUGUAAAGAAGCCAAUAGAAAAUUCAAUUCCUGUUGUUCCUUCUUCCCUCUCUCAAAUGACAAUAGAGCGGCAGAUGAUAGAGCUGCAAAAGAUUGCAGUUAUUUGUAAGAGUAAAGCAAUUAAGAAUGCUAAAAAGUAA